CACAGCCAGUCCAGUCCAGUCCAGUCACUCUCCGUCCCAACUAUUCUCCAACAAACCGACCAUACCAUACCAUACCAUACCAUGGCGCUCGAUCUCCAGCUCGUCUCCGCAGACAGCCUAGCCCUAAAGCUCCUCCGAGUGACUCCCCUCAUCACCACCACCAUCCUCCUCUCCAACCGCCUAGCCCAAUACUUCGCCCUCUCAACCUUCCUCCCCCCACACACCCCGCCCAAGAAAAUCGACCACGUCGGCCCCGCCUUCCAGCACUGGCUGCAGACCGUCGUCCCCCGCGUCUGGACGGGCGUCAUCGGCAUCGUCCUGCUGACGCGGGUCGUGCUGAUUCUGAAUCUCUUCGUGCGCCCGGACGACCUCGCGGGCAGUUCCGCCCGCGUCCUGUACGCCGUGGGCCUCGGCCUCUCGUUUGCGCACUUGGCCGUCGCGCCGAAGAUGUUGAGGUUCGAGACCCGCAUGAUGAGUCCUGAGACCGUGCCGCACGUCGCUAUGGAGUUGUUGGCUGGGUGGUUGAGGGUUAAUAAUCGGAGGUUUUGGCUCGUGGAUGUCCCGUUUUGGCUUGUUGGGGUGGGGGCGACGGUUGAGGGGUUGAGGGGGUAG